AUGGCACGACCAGCCAUGCACCUGACUUUUGGUCAGACCGAUCGGGAACUGUUUGCUCAGGCGAUGCAAGGCGAUCUCAUCUUCUGGCAUUUGCCCAAGGACGUUGCGGUCUCUUUUCAAGUGCUGCAGCAGCUCUUUGCCGCUUUCUUGGGCAUGGUGCUGUGGGAUCUCAUAAGCGCCUUGCCUUUUGACCUGUCGCUAUUGCGCGAGGCAGGGUGGAAGAAUCGAGUAAAGCUUACCAGCCGUUUGGCAUAUCUCACCUGCCGCAUACUCUCGCCCGCCGUGCUCACCCUCAUCCUGGUCUACAUUUCCGCUCCCGUGGGUCGAGAGUUGGGCCAAGAUGCAUGCGCAACUUAUGCGCGCACCUUCAAUGUGCUACUCGUACCGCUGGCCAACGCCGUGCCUCUUGUCUUCAUCAUGCGCACACUGAGCCUCUACGAGUGGCAGCGACGCGUGGCCAUGCCUGUCCUAGGUCUCUGGGGCAUCGUGUUGGUGCUGAGCUGCGUUAGCCUGCCAUACUACGGCAAGGGUCUGGACAUUCCAGAUGGCAGCGGAUGGUGCCACUACGACACCCAACGCAAGCUGCGCACCGUGUACAAUGUUGCUUACAAGGUGCCGGCGCUGCUCCAAGACGUGGUCAUCAUGCUUCUGACGCUGCACAGACUCUUGCAAGGCGGUCUGCAGAGCCUCUUGAGACCGUCUGGCUGGAAAUGCUUUGGCAUGACCUCGCUCUCCAAGGUGCUCCUCGCACAAGGUUUCCGCUUCUUUGUCCUCAACAUCGUCGUCGACGUCAUCUUUAUCUUCUUCUACUUUCACUGGCCCGCGCACUUGGUCAGCUACCAAGUGGCAGGCGCCGCUCUGCUCUUCUCCGUGCCUCCCAUGCUGGCCGGAAAGGUUUUCAGAGAUUCGAAGCGCGUCAUCGUCAAGGCGCAGCUGGAAGAGAUGGCGCGCAAUCAGAGAAGCGCCGGUCCAGCAUCCUCCGAUGACAGGUAUUAUGCACGUACUCGCCAAUACCGAGCAGGUGCUCUGGCAUACCUCAACACCUCAUCCGACCACGUCGGUCUCAGCAGUCGGAACGCCACAGAUCGCGAUGAUGAAUACUCGCGAGCUGCGAAUCAGAUCAACAUUCUGCCCUACAGCCAAGCAGACUUGGUCUCUUUGCCCGUUCAGCGGACACCAGCUCCAGCCUACGCUUCACCACUUUCCCCGUCUGGAUCUGACGGCAGCAUGAAAAUGGAAGAGGACUAUCUCCACGCCAAGCGCCGCGAUCCGAGUGAAGGCGGCAGAUCACCAAGGCUGCCGGACACACACAGCUUUGCACCGCCAAACGACGCUCGCUUGACGUUGCCACCGAUCCCUGCGAGAUCUCACAGUAUGGACUUGCGCUAUCCCCCUGUGCGCACUCGCCGACGAGGUUCGAGCGAUAGUCGACUACCGGUCGGCUUGGCAAUCUCGUGCGAAGACGUCGUCGAGUCGUCCAGACGCUGCAGCUCGUACCGCAAGCCCGUAUCCUUUCCAAGCUCGCCUCGCUCGAUUGAUGAAAGACCGUUUACCCAAGCGGCACAAAUCUCCCACGGCGGGUCCAUCACUCGAUCUAUCGGGUCGAGAGGCACUCACAGGUCUGCUAGUCAACAGUCCGAAGCGAGCUCUAACAGAUAUGCAUGCAGCACCAGCAACGUCAGCCGCAAGAGUCACGGUAGUCGAGCAAGUCUUGCGCGUCGUUUCAAGGGUCGUUCCAGCUUUGGAGUGAGCAUCGACUCGGACGAGGAAGCGUUUGACAUGCUUGAUGGUAGGAGUGCGGCUCAGACCGCCAGCCAAGCGCUUGCUUCCGCCUCUAUCAACCUUGCGACUGUGAGAAGCGGCAGCGCACCAAGCUCACCCGCUUUGUCCGUGUCCGCGCUCCACCGCACUUCACCUCCUGCAAUGUCGGCGUGCGAUGCCAUCAUGGGCUCUGCCCAGCAGCAGCAGCAGCAGCAGCAGCAGCGGCAGCAUCGUGGUCACGAAGAUGAGGAAGAAGGAGAGGCGCAAGAUGUGGGAGAGGCUAUUUCUGAUUCGGAAACGGAAGCUGUAGGAACCUAUACGCAGAUGCACAUCCUUCCCGCACACUCUCUCGACUCGGCACAACGUUUCGAUCAUCGCACUCCGCACGCUCUUUGA